AUGUUUUCAAAGAUCAUGAUGAGACCUCUUGGUGCUCGUUUGAUACGGCCUCAGGCUUUUGCGCGCGCUAAUGCGUUACAAUCUCAUCAAAUCAUGGCACAAAGAUUCCAGAUUCGUACCAAGGUUUAUUCAUCAUUUGAUUGGAAUCCUGUUAAAUCAAAAGAAGAGAAACCAAAACCAUCAAUUUUCCGUUCAUUUUUAUUUAUUUUGUUAUUAGCUAUGCCUGUUGUAUCUUUUUAUCUGGGGACAUGGCAAUUAAGAAGAUUGAAAUGGAAGAAUAAUUUAAUUGCAACAAGUGAAGAUAGAUUAACUUAUGAACCAAUUCCAUUACCAAAACAUGUUGAACCUCAAGAUGUUGAAGAUUUACAAUAUAGAAAAUAUUAUGUUACUGGUCAUUAUGAUCAUUCUAGAGAAGUUUUCGUUGGCCCAAAAGUUAAAUUUGGUGAAAAAGGUUAUUCAGUUUUCACACCUUUUAUAAGAAGUGAUGGUGGUGAUACUAUAUUAAUUGAACGUGGAUUUGUUAAAGAUGAUAAAAUCUUACCACCAAGAAGAAAAUUACAACAUUUAUCACUUCCAAUGCAUGAGGUUCGUGUUGAAUUAAUUUUGAAAAAAACUGCAGAAGAUAGAUCUGCAUUACUUUAUGAUAAAUUAGAUGAAGAAUCAAGAGUUUGGCAUGUUAUUAACGUUGAUGAAAUGACUGAAGCUACAGGAUGUGCACCAAUACAUGCUCAAGCUUUAAUAGAUUUAAAAGAUCAUCCAAUUGAAACCAUAACAGUUAAAGAAUCAAAACCUUGGUGGAAAAUAUGGCGUAAAGCUCAUACUCAUGAAGAAACAAUCUUAAAAUCAUUACCUUAUAAUCAUUUACAAGAGUUUACUCAAUGGCAAUUAAUAAAUGCUGGUGUUCCAGUUGGUCGUCCUGCAAGUAUUGAUUUAAGAAAUAAUCAUUUACAAUAUUUAGUCACUUGGUAUGGGUUAAGUUUUGCAAGUUCAAUCGCAUUAUUUGUAAUGUUUAAAAAGAAACCAAAAGUGGAUCCUACUAAAGCUAAAUUGGAACAUGCAAAGAGAUUUCAAUGA